AUGUACUUGUACAAAAAGAUAUACACACACUCUCUCGCUCUCGCUCUCAAUUUGUUCCACGCUCAAGCUCACGAAAACCUGUCCCCCCUCCUACUCCUAUACGCCUCACUAGCCUCAUACUUGCUCUUCUCCCGCGCCCUCUGCUCCUCACUCUCCGCCUCAUGCCGCGUAGGCGCCGGAUCGCGACUCGCCUCUGCACUCGGGCCCGACUCGUCCGCCCCUCCUUCGCCCCUCCUCCUCUGCAUCUCGCCCAGCACACCGCCCGGGGCCGUCGUAGCCGUCGGGUUCAGCGGCGUCGUCGCAGUGCGCUGGGUGCCCGAGGAGGACGAGGCAGUGAGCGACUUUUCCAGCUCCCACGCCCGCUGUCGCUUUUGGCGGUCUAGUUCGGCUUUUUGUGCCCGGUCGGCGUUGAUGCUGCGUUUGGCGAAGAAGUAG